GAAGAAUACUCCCGGAAGCCUCCGGAAAACAUUCCUUUCCCGGGGUCCUUAGGUCCUCGUUUCCAUCUGUAUUGCUACAGGAUGGCUUGCAAUGCAGAUUGGACUCUGCCACUGAACCGGGUGUAGCCUUGAGCAAGGUCACUUAAGCUGUCUGGCUGCAGAUUUCCUUGGCAAGAGUGACUGUAAUAAGAAGUUAACUAAAUGCAAUGCCAAGGCUGAGUACCGGUUACCUCCUACACCAGGACAUGCUAAAUGAAAAAACUGAAUUGGAAGAAAUACUUGAGGAGGCUGAGUUGGUGACCUAUUCUAUGGAAUUACUUUUGCCAUUAUUUAAGGAUACUGUUGAAGAAAUUACUUUUAAAGAUGCUGCUCUCUCUGAAUCAAAUUUGAAGAUUUCUAAACAGAAGGAAAUGUUAACAAAAGAAUUAGACACUUUCACAAGAGUAAAACAAGCUUUAGAACACCAUCUUAGGAGGACAGAGUACCAAAAAACUGGGAAUGGCUUUUCUAUCAUGUUAGAGGAGCUAACUGAUAAUGAAAAUGAGAAUACAAACCUUCAGAAGAAGAUCCUUGAAAAGGAGACCUAUAUCCAAGAACUUUAUUCUUUGUGUCAGGAUGAAAAGGCAAAUGCUUUGAAAGCAAACCGUCUUUCACAUUCUGUGAAAGUAGUACAUGAACGACUACAGCACCAAAUUCAUAAAAGAGGAGCAGAGAAUGAUAAAUUGAAAGAGCACAUAAAGAGUCUACAAACUAAGAUAUCUGAAUGGAAGUUGCAGCUGAAAAGGAACAAGCAUGAGACUAUAACAAUGAAAGAAUCUAGUAAAAAAAAAACUAUAGCACUAAAAAAGGCGUCUAAAGCUUAUAAACAGAGGCUGGAAUAUUUUACCAAGAACAUGGAAAAGCUAACUUCCCAAAUUAGAGACCAAGAUGCCAAGUUGUCUGAAACAAUUUCAGCUUCCAAUACCUGGAAAAGUCGUUAUGAGAAAAUUGUAAUAGAAAAAACUGAACUGGAAGUUCAUAUUGAAACAAUGAAAAAGCAAAUUACUAAUCUUUUGGAAGACAUUAAGAAAAUGGAAAAUGAUGGAAAAAAUUCAUGUGAAGAAAUUCUUAGAAAACUUAACUCAAUUGAACACGAGAAGGAAACUUUGACUCUUGAGAAUACAAAAUUAGAGACUAUACUUUCCACUUUGAAGGAUGAGGUUGUUUCUGUUGAAAAUGAACUCUUAGAACUGCAAGAAGUAGAAAAACAACAGAAGACUCUUAUUGAAGAGUAUAAAACUCAGAUGCAAAAGUUGCAAGAAGCAGCUGGAAUGGUGAAAAGUAGAUUUGAAAAUUUGUUACAUGAUAAAAAAAGAAUAACAAAAAGAAAAACUAAAAAAUUAGGGAAAGUUGAUGAGAAUAAAAAACUUUUGACAGAGCUUUCUCUGGAAGAGGAAAAUUAUCUCAUUCAGUUGAAGUGUGAAAACCUUAAAAAAAAAUUGGAACAAAUGGAUGAAGAGAAUAAGAAGCUUGAAGAGAAGCUGGCAAACCAAGAAGAAUGUCUUAAGCAUAGCAAUCUGAAGUUUAAAGAGAAAUCUGCAGAAUAUACAGCAUUGACCAGACAACUGGAAGCUGCUUUAGAAGAAGGGAGACAAAAGGUUUCUGAGGAAAUUGAGAGAAUGUCUUCCAGAGAGAAGGCUUUGCAAAGUAAAAUAUUAGAUCUGGAGACUGAGCUUAGGAAGAAAAAUGAAGAGCAAAAUCAACUUGUCUACAAUAUGAAUAGUAAAGCACAAUAUCAGGAAGUAUGCCUGAAAGAAAUACAACACAGUCUUGAAAAGUCGGAGAAUCAAAAUGAGAGCAUUAAGAAUUAUUUACAGUUUCUUAAAACUUCUUAUGUAACAAUGUUUGGAUAAAUUGUUGAACUUAUUUUUGAAAAAAUAAGUUUUUACAACUGGUCUAACAUAGGUAAAACAAAUAAAAAUAUUACCUGUUACACUUUAUCAUUUUGGGAUGGGAGUACUAGCGUUUGUAUGUAAAAUUAUUUUAAAUAUAAAUUAGUACUCAAACUUUAAAAGAAGAUAGAUAUAUUAAGAUUCAUUUCUGAUGAUCAGUUUUUACUAAAUUCUGGUUUCCUUUGUAUUUAAAUUACAUUUAAUUUUAGGAUAUUUUGUACCCACAUUUAUACAAAAGAUACAAAAGAUACCAGAAUCUUGAGUCUGCAGAGAUUGUGCAGCAGGUAUGGCUCUUGCCUUGUUCACAGUCUACCUGGUUCAAUCUCUGGCAUCUCAUAUAUCCUCCUGAGCACUGCCAGGAGUAAUUUCUGAGUGCAGAGUCAAAAAUAAGUUAGCCAGGUUUGGCCCCAAAACAAAAACAAACAAAAAGCCAGAAUCAAUCUUUGUGACUAUUGCUGUCACCUGAGUGAAUUUGUAAUACGUUUAGG